AUGAUGGCAUUGCGGAGACAAAGUCGUGACUAUGUCGCGUUGGCCAAACCCAGGACCGAGGAAUCCCCAAUGACGAACGGAAACAGCCACUCGGGGCCGAAUCAGAGAGGUGCUGCCGUCACUAUGUCAGCUGGAGGGAGGAGAUUGAGAUAG